AUGGAAGAGCCAAAAUAUGACCCGAGCCGACCUCUUGCGGCCACCACCCUCGUUUACCAAUACAAGCUGGCCAGCUCCCCCGGAAAGACAAUUGUGGGCCUACUCGUCGAAUACCCUCCAGAUGGCGCCACGCCUCCUCAUCGCCAUGGAGGAGCUGACGUCUCUGCCUAUGUCAUCAAGGGCUCUGUGUUGAACAAGAUGAACAACGAGCCGAUGAAGGUGAUCAAACAAGGUGAAUCGUGGUAUGAAGCUCCGGGGUGUCAUCAUCGGAUCAGCGCAAACAUGAGCAAACACGAGCCGGCGUCAUUUUUUGUGAACUUCGUGAUUGACACCGAGACGCUGGAGCGAGAGGGACCCGCUGUUCUGGUGCAGUAUGAUGAAGAAUAUAAGGAUAUUGUCGCUCAAAAAAUGAAGACAUGA